AUGGAGGGACCCAGCGUCGGUUGGCAAAGCACCAGCAGUAGGAUAUGCACUCCGCAACCCGACCGACGGUGGAACCGCUAUUUUUUCUAUUUUUCCCGGAAUUCGCUAAUUGUAUCUAUGUCCAACACAACGCAUCGGUAUCGGUACAAAAAUGUUGGUCUGGAUUCCACAGAAAUGCGGCGCCGGCGGGAGGAGGAAGGAAUUCAAUUGCGAAAGCAAAAACGCGAACAACAGCUGAUUAAGCGUCGUAACGUCAACGUGGCUGACGAGAUCGAUCAGGAAACAAUUCUAUCGGAUGAGACGACAUCGACCGAAAACCGGUCGCUUAUACAGCCGGCAGUCAUCAAAGCAUUGUACAGCGAAAAUGUCGAAGAACAGCUGAUUGCCACGCAGAAGUUUCGUCGGUUGCUCUCCAAAGAGCCAAACCCUCCCAUCGAUAUGGUAAUCAAGCACAACAUCGUACCACGGUUGGUACAAUUUUUGGGAAAUUCGCAAAACUCGACGCUCCAGUUUGAAGCUGCCUGGGCACUCACAAACAUCGCGUCCGGUACGUCAGAACAAACAAGCGUAGUGAUAGCGGCCGGCGCUGUGCCAAUCUUUGUCGAUCUUAUGAAAAGCCCCCACGAGGAUGUGCAGGAGCAGGCGAUUUGGGCGUUGGGUAACAUUGCCGGUGACUCACCCGAGUGUCGGGAUUGUGUCUUGGAUCACGAUGUGCUGGAACCUUUGCUACACGUAUUGAGUACCUCUCGCCGGCUAACACUAACGCGUAACGCUGUCUGGGCGCUGUCAAAUAUGUGCAGGGGUAAGAAUCCACCGCCCGAUUUUACGAAGGUCGAAAAAUGCCUCCCAAUCCUGUCGCAAUUAAUGUUCCAUAACGAUGUGGAGGUGUUGGGCGAUGCUGUGUGGGCUGUCAGCUAUUUAUCUGACGGUUCGAACGAUAACAUCCAAGCCGUUAUCGAUGCUGGUUGCUGUCGGCGUUUGAUCGAGCUUCUUUCGCAUAGCCACAACAACGUGGUAUCUGCGGCGUUACGCGCAGUAGGCAACAUUGUCACCGGCAACGACACCCAAACGCAACUGAUCCUGAACUGCAAUGCCUUACCCUCCAUUCUGCAGCUGCUCAGCUCGACGAAAGAGGCGGUCCGCAAGGAAGCGUGCUGGACCAUCUCGAACAUUGCGGCCGGCAACCGGAAUCAGAUCCAGGCAGCGAUCGAUGCCAACAUCUUCCCGAGCAUAAUCGAUUUGCUGCAGAAGGCCGAUUUCAAAACCCGAAAAGAGGCCGCCUGGGCUAUCACAAACGCAACUAGCGGUGGUACUGUACAACAAAUCAAGUAUCUAGUUGAUAUCGGUUGCAUACCACCCAUGUGCGAGCUGCUGACAGUAAUGGAUCCCAAAAUAGUUACCGUAGCACUGAACGGGUUGGAGAACAUUCUGAAGUUGGGCGAAGAACAGCGAACCAAACCGAACCCAUACGCCGUUAUGAUCGAAGAAUGUUACGGUCUCGACAAGCUGGAGUUCUUACAAUCGCACCAGAACAAUGAUAUUUACGAGAAGGCAUUUAGCAUAAUCCAAAAGUACUUUAGCAACGAUGACGAGGACCUGGCGGUGGCACCGAGUACGGAUAACAAUCAGUUUCAGUUCAAUGCAGACCAAUCGGUGCCAAUGGAUGGGUUCCAGUUUUAA